CUCCAAGUUCCAACUUAAUUGAUUGGAAGAAGGGGAGCCUAACAAUUCAGCAACAUACCUAGGAGCGAGUUUGAAAGCGAAAAUGGACUCGGCUAUAGUAGAACUCUUGAUUGACAAUAUCAUUUCAGCUCUCGCAACUAAAGCGUCGCUGUUAUGGGGGGUCCGUGAUGCAAUUGCAGAUAUCAAGCAUGAGUUGACAAGCAUGCGGUCUUUAUUAAUAGAUGCAGAUAAAAGGGGAGCAAGCAGUGCCGGAGAGGAAACUUGGGUGACAAAUGUGAGGAACACAGCAUAUGAUGUUGAAGAUGUUAUUGAUAUGUUCAUGUAUCACAUCAAUAGCCAACAAAUUGGGGGUCGAUUUGCUUGGUUCCUUCACCACACAAUUUACAUUCCACAGACUCUUUGGGUGAGGCAUAAAAUAGCCAGCAAGUUACAGAAAAUCAAUAAGACAAUCAAGACCACUUCAGAGUUAAAUCAGAAAUAUCAUGUUGAUCCUAUAGAGGGGAAAAGUUCAGAAGAUUUUCACACAUGGGUUGUGCGGCAUGCCGAAUCAUCUUUGUUUGUCGAAGAAGAUGAACUUGUAGGGAUCAAAGAUAAAGGAAAACAAUUAAUGAUGUGGUUGAUGGAUAGAGAACAACAACAGACUGUCAUUUCAAUCCUCGGGAUGGGAGGAUCUGGCAAGACCACCCUAGUUGCCAACAUCUACAACAGUGACGCUGUAAAGAGACAUUUUGAUUGUUAUGCAUGGAUCACUGUCUCCCAAAAAUAUGAUGUAGAAGACUUAUUGAGGAGCAUGAUUAAGGAAUUCCAUAAGUCAACGAAGGAAACAAAUCCAUCAGACUUGAGUUCCAUGAACUACAGACUGCUAGUAGAAAAGCUGGUGAGCUACUUAGAGAAGAAAUCAUAUCUACUUGUCAUAGAUGAUGUUUGGGACACAAAUGUCUUCGAUGAACUAAAAAUAUCACUUCGAGAUAGAUAUCCAGGGAGCAAAAUCAUCCUUACAACUCGUAAAGAUGAAGUAGCUCACUAUCCUUUUAUGGGUAUACCUUAUGUUCAUCGUAUUCAAUUGCUAGAACAAGAUGAGGCCUGGGAACUCUUUUGCAAGAAAGCAUUCUUAGGCAUUCCAAAUAGAAUCUGUCCACCAGAGCUUGAAUCUUUUGCUCAGGAACUUGUAAGAAAAUGUAAAGGCCUACCUCUUGCAAUUGUGGCUUUGGGCAGUCUUAUGUACUCCAAGAAUGAUACGUCUCAAUGGAAUCAAAUUAAUAGCUGCUUGAAUUGGAAUCUAAGUAACAAUCCUGAGCUAGAAGCAGUGAAGAGCAUUUUGUUGCUUAGUUUCAACGAUUUACCAUAUCAAUUGAAGCAUUGUUUCUUAUAUUGCUCUCUUUUCCCAGAAAAUCAUGAGAUUCGAAGAAAAAGGCUCAUUAUGCUAUGGAUGGCAGAAGGAUUUGUAGAAAAAUUUGAAGGGUCCACUCUAGAAGAAAUAGCAGAUAGCUAUCUAGUAAAACUCACUUUCAAGAACAUGCUUCAAGUAGUAAAGAGUGACGAAUUUGGAAGAUCACAGAGAUGUAAAAUGCAUGAUAUUUUGCGGGAGCUUGCUCUAUCAAUAUCAGUCAAAGAAAAGUUUGGUGUUGUACAUGACGGAGGAGAAGAAAUGAUAGAAUGCAAAGCACGCCGCAUUUCAAUUCACAAAACCGGUGGAGAAGUCAAAUCAUUUACGGGUAUGUCAAAGCUCCGUUCUUUUCUUGUUUUUAACAAGUCGUUGAAAACAUUGCCUUCAAUAAGUAAAAUGUUGAGGGUUCUAGAUUUGGAGGAUGCCCCCAUUGAUGAAUUGCCUGAUGUAGUAGUCAAAUUAUUCAACUUAAGAUAUUUGAAUUUAAGGGGAACUUUACUUAAGAAGCUCCCAAAUUCCAUAGGGAGGCUCCUUAAUCUUCAAACCUUGGACAUCAAGGACACACAAAUAAAGGCCCUUCCCCAUGGAAUUGGAAAGUUGCAAAGCUUGCGACAUUUAAUAAUGUAUAGCUUCACUAGAAAUCGGAAUGACUUCAGACAUGUUACAGGAAUGCAAAUACCACCAAAUAUCGGUCGGUUAAAGAAUUUGCAAACUGUAUGUAUUGUUGAAGCAAAAGGUGACUUUAUAAGACAAAUUCGGAGCAUGGGGCAACUCAACUCGAUCGGUAUUUCAAAUGUGAAAGAAGGAGACAUCUUAGGGCGUUGACUAUCAUGGUAACUAAUGAGGAGGAAACUCUCCGAAUGGAUGCACUCUUAUCUCCUCCUCCCAACCUUCAAA